UCCAGGUGCAUCCCAGCGUUAGUCUAAAAACCAAGGGAUUAAUGACUAUGACAACACACGAUCUCGAUACGCGAUGGAGAUAACACGUCCUAGACUCUUCUUGAUACUGUGUUUGCUAGUCCAUAGUUCAUCUUUAAAAAUUCUGAAGCGACAAAAAAGAGACUGGAUUAUUGAUUCCUUUACUAUUCGAGAAGACUAUGAAGGAGGUUUCCCAUACGAGCUGGGCCCGCUCCAGGUUGAAAAGAAAUUCAGCUUUUUCAAGAUACAUGGUCAGGGUGUGGAAAAAGAUCCCAAAAACAUCUUACAAAUCAACGAAGACACAGGAAUGCUUACUGUCCAUGGCCCCGUCGACUACGAGAAGUUCAGAGUUUUAAAGCUAACCUUUCAGGCCUAUGAUGGAGAAAAAAGGGAAAUAGACACACAGCUUGGAGUUGAGAUAUUAAUAAUCGACGCAAAUGACAACCCUCCAAUGUUUGAGCCUGAUAGGUAUGAGGUUUCCAUAGAAGAGUCAACACCACAAGGCACUGAAUUCAUUACCAUCAAAGCAAACGACGACGACAGCACUGAGAACAACAGAUUAUUUGAUUUAAAAAUAAUCUCAGUAAUUCCUGACCCGUUUGACUUGGAGUUCUACCUAAAGCAAUUCGAAUCAACUGCAACGGUUUCAUUUAAAGGAUGUCUGGACCAUGAGAAAGCCGAUGCCUACAUCAUUAAAGUGGAGGCCAAAGACCGUGGAGAAGAAGUUCAGCUCUCCAGCUUCGCCACCAUCAUUAUCAACAUAGAAGAUGGAAAUAACCAUCUACCUGUGAUAACAGGACAAUCAGGUACAGGGAGAGUGAAAGAAGGGGAGGAAAAUGUUCUUGUUAAACGUCUGCAAGUUACAGACCGAGACACCAAAGGUACAUCGGCCUGGAGGGCCAAAUAUCAAAUCAAAGGAGACGAAAACAGGAACUUCAAAAUCACUACUGAUCCUGAGACAAAUGAAGGACUACUUUAUGUAGAAAAGCCUCUGGACUAUGAAGAAAGUCAUGAAAAACACCUGAAUAUCAGUGUACAGAAUGAAGUGCCAUAUUACUCAUGCAAGGUGGAAAGAAGAAGCACCACUGGUCUUUGGAAAGUCAACACUAUUGGCAGUUCAGCUAUUGGUGGUCUUAUUGGGGAAGAAACACUAACUCUGUCCACUACCAAAGUGACAGUGAUUGUGGAGGAUGUCAAUGAUCCUCCAAUCUUUGACAUGACUAACAAACACGUUACGGUGGCGGAAAAUACCAAGGCGGGGCUCUAUCUGGCGACAUUUGCAGCUACGGAUCCUGACGCUUCCAGAGCCAGCACAAUUGUAUACACAAAAGGAGACGACCCAGCUGAUUGGGUAAGAGUGGACCCCAAGACUGGAAAUAUAACCACAACCAAGAUAAUCGACAGAGAGUCCCACUUUGUGAAAGACAAUACGUAUAAGGUCACAACAUAUGCUGCUGACAAUGGUCUUCCUCCAAUGACAGGCACUGCAACCCUCAACAUCCAUAUUACCGAUGAAAACGACAAUGUGCCACAGUUGACUGAGACAACAUUGGACAUUUGCCAAUCUGAUGGACUCUCUCAGGCCAACAUCACUGCCUUCGACCUUGAUCAAGACCCCUUUGGUGGACCUUUCUCCUUCAAGCUCCAGGAAAAAGAGAAGGGCAAGUGGAAGAUUGACCCUACACAAGGGUAUACAACCAAACUGGUGAAGGAGAGCACAGUUCAUCCUGGAGAGUAUGAUUUGGUGCUGAAGGUAUUUGGCCUCCAGGGCGAGGAAGCAGUUUACAACCUGUCAGUUAUUGUGUGUAACUGUGUUGACAUAACGAAGCCAAAUUGCCGCAUCCGCAAAGCUAAGGGCUCCGGAGUAGGAGGAGGAGCGCUUGGGAUCAUAUUUCUUAGCAUGCUACUGCUUUCAGCUGUGCUACUCUUGGUUUUUCUGCUGCAGUGUAAGAAUGAGCACAAACCAAUGCCAGAUGAUAUUGAUUCAGGUUCAGGACAUCUGAUAAUGAGUAACAUUGAGAAACCCGGAACUGAUUGCAACGUGAAAUUGGCUCACGGCCCCAAAGACAUCAAAUUACCAAGAAGGCCUUCAAAGAGAAAGCCAUCAGAAGACGCGGGAGAUCAGCAUACAAACCAAGAGAAAUGGGACCAUUUCUACAGGUUGGAAAUGGAGCAAAGAUAUCAACGUUGGUGUUCUUGGCGCAAGGCUUGGGAUUUCCACGGCGGAUCUUCUGCACAUCAAGAGAUUAGUGUGAUGCAGCAUACAAUGAUACUCAAAGUACUACGAGAUAAGCUGUAUGCCCUCAGCGCACCAGAAGAGGAGCUGGGUGAUUAUGAUCCUCAUAAUUACACUGAGGAGGGAGACGAAAAACACAACUUUGAUCUUGAUGCCAUCUCCAUCCCUGAUAUUCCCUUUGACCCAGAACUUGACCUGGACCUGGAUUUCAGGUUUGAUACUCUGGCCUCAAUCUGCAUGUCGAGUAAGAGACCAUGACUACAGUACAAAACCUGAGCCUCAACGUUUUGAGAAGCAACAAAGUUUCAAGUGGAAAGUCUAAAAUGAACACUCCAUCAUACAGUACCUGAUUUUAAUUUUAUCAAGUUAGUAAUCCUAAAUGAUAAUUGUAACCAUAUGUUUGGAGGGGCAAAAAGGAAAACUGUUACAAUUAUUGUGGGAUUGGACAUAAUUGGCUGAUUUUGUGAAAUAAGAUUUGUAUAACUUCAUUGUUUCCAACAGGAGCUUUCUUAACUAAUAUUAUUUUGGGAUUUAAAAAUGAUUACCCUUUUGUUCUUUCAUACAAGGAAUGUUUAUGGCAGAUAGGGAAUUUACAGUGUUUCUGAAAGGAUUGGAAAGCAUGAAAUAAGGUCUAUUAUACAAAUAGAAAAAACAUUUUUAACUCUUCGAAUAAAUGGGAAAAACCUUUAGCUUCUGACCUCAUCAUGCUCUUUUCAAAGUCAGACAUUAGGUUGGGAUAGUGUCAUAAGGAUGACAGUGGGAUUUUAAUGUACUAUUAUAAUACAGGGGAGUAUAUCUCAGGAGGUUAGGAAAGCUCUUUAAGCAAUGGUUGAAUAUAUGAGCAUUUAGAGUGGAUACAACAUGCAGUGCAUGCAGUGGCUGCCUAUCAUAUUUAUUUUCAGAAAUGUUUUGUUUGUUUUGCCUUUAAACUUGUAGUUCCUUCAAUUUAUUUUUGUAUAAUAUGCUAAACCUUACCUGAUCAGAUGUUUAAUGUGAUUAGUGUGUUGAAAUAGAAAAUAAAAAAUGUUACUGCUAUAGAGACCAACGUUCACCCUACAUGACCUUCCGUCUACCAAUGUUGUGCAACUUGUUUUCAGGAACUUUACAGCGUGUCUCAGAUAAAAUGUUGCUCUGAGAUUGAAAGUCAUUGAAAUGUAGGGUAAUGUCUUGGUGUGUGGCAGGGUCAUGGUAGGCAGAGAUACUAACUCGUAACACAACAAUCCAAACCGCAUCUUUUAAUUGUCAAAGAUAUGCAGGUGUGUCAUUGUGUAUACAUAAAGCACUCCCAAAUAAGUACAAUGACCUAUGAUGCUAACUCAUGCACCCUGAUUCCAAGGAACUAUCAGUCAAGCAUUGCAAGGUCGUCAUACCGGUUUUAUUUUUGAUAACUGUGAUGGUGUGCGGUUUCAUGUGAACAUGUCAAGAAAGAAAUGCUCAGUAGGGUGCAGCUGUUUCCAAAACAAGCUCAGCUAGCACAACCCCAAGUUGAUAAGCUAUUUAUUGCACUUAAGAUACAGAAACUUUUUCUCGAGAGUUGCUAAACCUGUGCAAAAUUAACCAUACACAUCUUAGUGGUCCUUGGAAAUGUUUGAUAACAACCACAAUUAUUAUUAGAUGAGAAUAGGUAAUGAAUAAAAUGCAUUAUACACAUGAAAUGAGUGCACCUAUAUGUGCCUGAUGAUGACAGUCCACACCGUUUCCAGACUGUGAUGCUGUUGAAGGGAGUCUCAUAGGAUUACUGCCUAUUUCUCACUCUCCUCAUCAUUGUUUUUCACACAUGCCUAGCAAAAGAGAGAGUGGGAUCAGAUUUCAUAAUCUAAAGCCACACCCAGAGAUGUGGCCAGAACAGCUCUUUCAAGUUAAGAGGGCAUCAUGGUUGUCAUGCUGUUUAAUGUGCAAACAAAGCAGUCAUGUAAGUUCAACCAAAAGAAAAGAUAUGACACAACAUCCUUUAAGACAACAUCAGGACAUCCUGCUUUUAAAAAAGCAAGAGACCUCAACCGUAGCUGGUAUAUAAUGAAGCUUUUACCUCUUAUGUGUUUUUAUUCUCCAACGUUGCUAUUCAUUAACCUUCCCCUCCAUCCUCCUUAAGUCAUACCACAGAUACUCAAUUGGAUUGAAGUUUGACUAGACUCCCAAGACACAAAAUGUUUAAUCUUAACUCCAUUGUUGUUUUAGCAGUAUGCUUUCGGUCAUUGUGAACCUCCGUCCCAGCCUCAAAUCUCUUAAAGACUCUUAAAGUCAUAAUUCCUUUAAUUCUGACCAGUUUCCCAGUUGCUGCCAAUGAACAACAUCCCCACAACAUGAUGCUUUCAGCACCAUGCUUCACUGUGGGGAGGGUGUUCUAAGGGUAAUAAGUGAUAUUGGGUUUGUGCUAGACAAAGUGUUUUCCCUGAUGGCCAAACAUUUUUCAUAUGACCAGAGUACUUUUCCAAGUAAACAUCCAAAAUCCAAAUGAGUUUUCUUAUUUUCUUCUCAUCAAUAUACAUUUCUCUGCCACUCGUAGAGCAUUAAGUUGUCCUAUGGACAGAUACUCUGAUCUCUGCCUGGCCAAUACUUCCCCACAGCUUUGGCCUUCCAUCUAUUUGGAGACCUUAUUUUUCUCAAUGCAGUUUGCAUGUUUGGUGGGGCCUAAAUACAGAUAACAUAUAUACAGAUAAUGUAGCUGUAAGAGCUAAUGUGACACUUAGAUUGCACACAGGUGGACUUUAGUUAACAAUUAUUUAAUUCUGAAGGUCAUUGGUGGGGCUUCAAAGUCGGUGAAUAAUGAUUACUACUUUUAAGUUUUAAAUGUUUUCAAAAUGUUUUACUGGGCUUCAUUUUUUUCAUCUUUGUGGUCUAUAUUGUGUUAUUGAAAUAAAAUCCAUAUUAAAUUGUUUCAAAUUA